GCCUGCAAAAAUAAAUUCUGAUUACACUGGCUAUCAAAUAAUUUUCUUACAGCCUACCUACUACUAUUUGUCAUGUCAUAUGAAGAUAUGACGUUCUUUCAAUUAUAAUACUUUUGUCGAAUUUUCAAGCUCAUUGUGUGAGUGCAAAAUAUUCAAACUUCAUGAGACAAAAUUUUAAGAAAUUCCCUCUUUUAGAAAGUUAUGUUUCACAUUUCAUAUUUAUUUCCCGCCACAUGAUAGCCACGCUUCUGCGCAAUAUGCACAUCAUAACCUCUCGUCACUCUGUCUAGUGUAUCAAUAUACCUCUGUCCGUGCUAUAGAUCACGCGCAAUUAUUCAAUAAAGUGAUAAUCAUUAUUCUUUCAAGUAUUUCUCUUGAGAUAUUGAUCUAUUACUUUUUUCUUUAAAUUAAUAUCAACUUCCAGAUCCUUUUGUUUUUAAGGUAAGACGAAUAAUAUAAUUGACAAGGCGUUUAUUUCUACCAAGUGUUAACUUACAAGCAAAAAUUAAGUGUCAUGUCAUUGGUACUUACUGUUCUAUUGUAGUGCAAUACUACAUUUAUCAUUUAAUAUAAAAACAUUUAUAUUUUCAUCUGCUGGUAGUUUAAUAAUACAAACUAUGUAAAUAUUGUAAUUUUUUUGGUCGAUUUGCUAUAACUUAUUAAGUUUUAUUUAAGGAUAGGAUAAUGUAUGAAUAAAAUAAAAAAGAUAUUGAACAGCAUAAUGUAGAAUAAUCAAUUUGUUCCUUUAGGCAUGAAAGAAUAUGUUUGUGACAUCUGUCUUGCAUCUUAGUAAUAUUUGUUGCAUUAGAUGUAUUUAUAAAUAUCUUAAAAAUUGAUCUGGCUGUAGUAUGAAUCUCUAUAUGUUGUGUCGAUAGAAAGAGAUACAAUGUUACAAACCCGAAUAGAUCAGUUCUAUAAAGUUACAAGCAACAGUAGAAGAACUAAAAAUUUAAUAAACAUAGGAAAGCCAUCUAAUUUAAGAAUAUCUGCAAUUAAUAAAAAAAAAGAAGAAAUAUUAAAAAAAUUGGAAGCUGCCACUACAUGCAAAACCAAAACAUCAAAUACAUCUAGAGUAAACAAGAGGAAAAAAUACAUAUCGCAAAAAAAUAAGAUCUUAAUAAACAGUAGGACAUUUAAUUUGACAAACACCAAUAUGGUAAACAGUCCAAUCAAAACUACAGAAAGCUAUGCUAAGACACCCAUUAUCAAACAUAUUUCUUCUAUUACAAGUUCUGUGAAAAGUCCUGUAUUAAGCAGGAGUUCAAAAUUUUCUCCAAAAUCAUCUUCUCCGAUAAAAAAAGUGCUGGAUGAACCACCAAGAAAGAUAAAUAUUGCCCAAAGAAGAUUAUUCAAUGAUAGAAUAGAAGAAUUGAUGUCUAUAGCGAUAGAUAAUCUGAAUUUAGCCAAAGAAGGAGCUAUUACUAAUAAUAAUAUUGACUUAGAGAAAGUUUACUCGAGCAGAGAAUUCAACUAUAAGUACAAUCGUAUAGAUACAACAACUUCAACGAGAUAUGAAAUCGACAACAUAAUAGUACCGACGGAAACGUACGCAUGCCAUUUCUUUACAAUCGUUGCUAAUGUAUUCUCCAAACCGUACAAUUGCGGAUACUUUGACAAGGACGAGUUGGAUUUGAUAUUUUCACUACUGACGCUUUCAAGAAAUGCACAAGCAUUACUAAUACGCAUGUUAAAAAGAAAACAUAUGUGGCACAGGAUAAACAGUAUCAAAUAUGACAAUAUAUCGACAAAUUUAAAACCCAUCUUCGACGAACUUGUGUCGCGAUCUAUUUUUAAAAAUAAUACGGAAGAAGAAGAUAUGACUGUUCUAUUGAAAUUGUUACAAGUUGAUGAGAUCCGUAAACUUUGUCAGGAAUGUAAAAUCAAUGCCAAUGGUAAAAAAGAGAAUAAUAUACAAUCGAUUCUAAGGUUUUACAAUAAAACAAAACCUUUGUUUCCUGGGAUGCCAAGCCCAGCCACUAAGUUACGCGCGUCAGUCAACGAAAUCUUAGGAUACUGUAUAUUGAUAGAUACUAAAAUGAGUGAAAUAAUUGAUAGAAUAAUUACGCUAUUGAUACCGCAUAAAGAUCCUCAAGAAACUAUGGCAGAUUUAUUCCAAAUGUUAUUAAGAAUUGAAAUGAAAGAAAUCAAAUUCCCGGAAGUAACCGUUCGUGACUUUCCUAUUUUUGCUAAUAAAGGGCAUUUAUUGAAUUAUAUGGAGGCUAAAAAUGCACUGUGUAAUGUAUUGAAUGCAAUUGAAAAGAAACAAUGGGAGAUCGUACGACAAAUUGGAUCGCAAGCCGCGGAACAUCUGUCACUUCUUUUAAAAGUAGAAGCACAGAGUCUGGAAAACUCCAUGUUGCCCAGUCACAUCAGGCACUUUAUGCCGGGGUACUUGUGGCUCAAAGUUCUGCACAAAAGUAUCGACGCAUUUAAGAAGACUAAGGAAACAUUGCCGCAAGCGAUAGAAUUUCUGCACAUGUUGGUAAAGCAGAAAUGUCAUAUGAAAUAUAGAAAAGGACAAUGGUACAACGAACUGAUUAAAAUAGAAGUAUAUCAUAUGAAAGAUCCCAAUGGUAGCGUCAGGCUCCUUUCGAAGGCAGUGUCACAGAAGACUUUAACGGAAGUCGACAGACUGGAUCUGUUAGAAAAAGCAGAGAAACUCGCGAAAAGGAAAUCCAAUAUCAGUCAGCAUGCAAAAGAUAUUGUUAAACUGAUAUUAGAGAAAGAUCUCAGCAAAGCGCGAUUAACGUCUCAAAUAAGUUCCGUUACAAUAGAAGGGACGUCAUGCGGAAACCCUUCACAAAGAAAAAGUACCUGGUGCAUCGACAAUGGGAUAGACAAAACAUAUUUUACAGUUGAAGAUUUCGCGUUAUACUACUAUAAGAAUAAAGGAUAUAUCAAGGGUGCGCAUUGCGAGGGUUCUUUGCCAAUUACUCUCUUUGGUAUGCUGUUCUGGGAUGAAAUUUAUAAUAUGGACAUUCCUGGCACUUGCCUAUCGUCAUAUGAACCCACACCGUUGGAUUUGUUCUCGUCGGAAUUUUAUGAAAAUAGAAAGGAACAGAUCGACAUGAAGCUCCAAAUUAUUCGAAAACUCGACGUGGAAACAUUUAGCAACCAUUUGAAGCACCAGUUCGACUUACGCCAUGAAUAUACAUCUAUUUGCCAGAGUAAUAUUUUUGAUAGUUGUAGCUUUCAGGAAAUAGCACUUUGUUUAGGAGUGGAGGGUGUUGUUGGGAUCUGUGAACGACUCAUUCAAAAUUACACACUUUGGAAAGCUGGUUUCCCAGAUUUAAUCGUAUGGAAUCCACAUACAAAACAGUAUAAAAUUGUAGAGGUGAAGGGCCCUGGCGAUUCACUCUCAACCAAACAAAAGUUAUGGUUGCAAUAUUUAAAUCAGCUCGGACUGAAUACAGAAGUGUGCUAUUGUGAAUCCAGUGCCAAAGGUGGGCGUAAGCGGAAGCAUGAAGCUGUGAUGUAAUGUUUUCCACAGACAUUCCAAAAAAAAUGUAUAUUAUAUACUCUAUACGUAUAAGAUGAAAACAUUUUAUAUAAAUUGAGAUGUUCCGCGUGUACCUAUAUUUUUAUUUAUAAAUUUUUAUAUUUUUUAUCUAAAUGUUGGAAGUUUUAGCGUGUAACUUUGGCGAAUGCUUGCCGCAAGA